UGGGUUUUCGUCACUUUCUUUCAUCGUCUUCAGAGUUAUGCCUUUCCCUAUGAAGAUCCAGCCAAUCGAUUCCGAUCAUGAUCCCCAGUUCCGACCCGAACCCGCUAAACCUGUGUUGAAAUCUCGGCUCAAGAGGCUUUUUGAUCGGCAAUUUCGAGUUUCCUCGGCGGACAAGCCCGGUGUUGGUGAACAAACACAAGAUGGCAAAGACGGAACAGCUACUCACGAGUUCGAGCCGAGCUCUGUCUGCUUGGCGAAAAUGGUGCAGAACUACAUGGAAGAAAGCAACGAGAAGCAGCUUCGAGGCCGCAAUCGCUGCAAUUGUUUUAAUAGAAACGGGAACGACAGCUCCGAUGAUGAAUUUGAUGCAUUUGGCGAGUCGAUCAACGGCGGAUCAUCUGGUGAUGCCUGCGACUUACUCAAGACUUUGAUUCCUUGCCCAAGUGUAGUAGAGAGAAACCUGUUAGCAGAUACUGCGAUGAUCGUAGAGAAGAACAAGAAUCAAAAGCGAAAGGACGAGUUGAGAAAGAUCGUAGCCGAUAGCCUGUUCUCUCUCGGUUACGAUUCCUCAAUUUGCAAAUCAAAAUGGGAUCAAUCCCCUUCUUUUCCUGCAGGUGAAUACGAAUAUAUUGAUGUGAUCGUUGAAGGGGAGAGAUUGUUGGUAGACAUUGAUUUUCGAUCGGAGUUUGAAAUAGCCCGAUCGACUGGUUCUUACAAGGGGAUGCUGCAAUCGGUGCCCUAUAUCUUCGUCGGGAAAGUGGACCGGCUAGGGCAGAUCGUAUCGAUCGUGGCUGAGGCAGCCAAACAGAGCCUCAAGAAGAAGGGAAUGCACUUCCCUCCCUGGAGAAAAGCCGAGUACAUACGUGCCAAAUGGUUGUCUCCCUACACCAGAGCCUCCCAACACGACGCCGCAGUGGUGGAAGACACCAAAGUUGAAAUCCAGGAUUCUCCAUUUCCCGAAAACGAGACCGCCGUCUCCGAGGACACAAAAAUUGAAGUCCAGGAGAAGAAGGCGGCGAGUGAGUGCGGAGAACUGGACCUGAUAUUCGGAGAGGUAACGGAAACAGAAGCGGAAGUGACGACAACUUCUGAGUCAUAUUCGCAGGUGAAAAAUUACUGCGAGUGGCAGCCACCGGCGGUGAAACCAAGGAGUUCUGACAGAAGCGCCAGAAUAGUCACCGGAUUAGCUUCUCUUCUAAACGAGAAACCCUGAAAAAAUUUUGGAUAUAUUUUUUUUUUCAAUUUUCAGGUAAAAAAAAAUAGUAUAAUCGGUAAUAGUACAAAAAUCCUUCUC